AUGACAAUCCCAGGUCUUUGGGAGAAGUUUGCUGACUAUGGAAUUGAGGAUCAACGUCUCCCCAUAAGGGUCUAUGCGCGGCAAUUUUACAAAAAGAAAGCAAGACAUUUACGAGUGGGAAUUGAUGUUUACCAGUGGAUUUUCGAACUUACCCAGGUACCUUCACAAUAUAAAGGAGAUGUAGCCAGCAUUGGUGACGAGAAAGUGAUUUUAAAUUUCUCUUCUCGUAUCAGGGAGCUCAUAAAGCUGCAUAUCUCUUUUGUCUUUGUUUUUGACGGCCGUUAUAAGACACACAAAAGAAGAUGGGGAGACGUUCUCUACACUGACGAUGACUAUUAUGCUGAAUACCUUGUAACAAACGAACAGAUCCGCCAAAGCGGCCUAUACGAGGAGCCAGGGGCAAAGAUUGUCUACUUGAUCAAGAAGCUAUUAAAACUAUGGAAUAUUGGUUACGUGCAGGCUCCAGGGGAAGCUGAAAUUGAACUUGCGCGAUUGAAUGACUGUGGUGUGAUUGAUGCAAUUAUUAGCAAUGAUGCCGAUGGGUUUGUGUAUGGAGCACAGACAAUUCUCAAAAAUUUCAGCCGCUGGGUUGCAGAUGCUCCUGCUACGCAGGCAAAUAUGGAACGACAAGAACCGGAGUUCUAUGUGACCCCAUACCGAAUGUCGAAAAUCGAGGAGGUACUCGGGCUUGACAGGGAUCGAAUGGUGUUUCUAACGUGCAUCAAUGGCAGCGAUUUCAGUCAAGGAGUCAGCGGAUUAGGAAUUACGCGUUGUAUUGCGCUGGCGCAAGUAGGGAGCAAGAUAGAGAGCGAAUUUGAUUUCGCUAAGGAAUUAAAGCAAAUAUACGUUGCCGAAGGAAGACAAAGACUACUAGGUCUGGUGCCCUUUGGCAAGAACGAGAGAGACAAAAAGCUAAGCAACUUGAAUGUGUUGCUACAGGAAUCGCUCGCACAAAACAGCAAGACCUAUUUUGGAAGGAACUUCAAUGGGACGGUGUCUUUUCCUUCAGACUACUACUUUAUGAUCCAUUUCUUUCCAUACUUAUGUCCUGAAAUCUACGCCUUCAAGAGAUACGAGACUAAUUGCGUUGAUUCAAGCCCCUCGUCAAUAAGGCUGUCCACAUUGCCACAACCGAACUCCGUGAAAUUCUGCGAUGAAGAAAUCAGACUCAAGCGUCGUGGCUCACUUUGGACUACUGUCAACGAUAGCGGUCCAGCAGAAGAUGUUCCUCACGGCAAUGAGAGCACCAUUGCGUGGUUUGAAAAGCCCAAUUUUCGUGAAAUGUGCGAUCUCCGGCUUCCUUUGCAACGUAGCACAAGAGAUUUUUUGGUGGAGCAUUUAGCUGAAUGCUAUAUGCUUAGAGUGAUCUACAAUUUGGACUAUUUUAAGAAUGCCGAGAUCUUCGUCAACUUGUACAAGGAAGCCCAGUUUCCCUUGAAGAGGCGUGCAGAUGAGUACUACGUUCCUAUCUGGUCAGAGGAGCAAUAUCAGGUGAAAUACAAUCGUGAACUAGUGUUUGGACAAUUUUUAAAGGAAGGAGAUCUUUAUGAUGAAAACUAUCGGCUCAUAGACCACUCUGAUCAAAAGCUAGACUCUACAUGGGUUCCGAAAUAUUUGCUCGAGCUUUCAUCUCAUGGACGGAGAUUGAUCGAGCAAUACGAAAUCAAAGCUGCGGAGAAAAAAUCGCCACGCAAGUCGCCCCGCAAAUCACCCAAGAAAUCCCCGAAACGGCAGCUGUCUACUCUUGAUAAUCUUUUAAGAUCGCCCAUAAAGCGCAAGCUCGAUCCAGGCAAAGAGAGAAGUCAAAGCUCUUCUCCACUCAAAAGCAGACCAAAUCUCUCUUACGAGUCUCCUGAUGAAGAGUUGGAUAUUCUGGAGUCUCCAACCAAAAGACGCAAUCGACUUGACGUUGACGUAAGCGGGCUCCGAACGUCUCUGUUCAAGAGUCCAGAUACCAAACAGAACGCUCCCACGAUCGAUCUAACAACCCCACCCAAGGAAGUCAACGAGAACACCGGAAAGAAAACGCAGGAUACUUCAAUUCUCUUUCUUGACACAUCAGAUGAAGAAGCAGACAAGUUGGAAAAGGAUAUCGAAACGUUUUUCAAGAGGUAA